UCAAAGCUUGGGGGACACUGGGCUGUGGGUUGUCAGGGGUAUUUUGUUAUUUCGUUUUCUUUCUCUUCUUUACCCCAAUUAUAUUAUUUUAUCCCGAGUGAAAUGCAGCUUCAUCCCUCUAGUUUGCAGCGCAAGGAUGAUCAGCAAAUCCUGGGGAUAGAUUACAGUAAUUUGAAGGCUUUGUGCAGAAUCCACGGGCUUAGACUCAGAGACAGCAACAGAUACCAAUCAACUGAAGAGGCCCAUAACAAUUUCAUGAACUCCUAUCGAAAUAUAUUUAUCCUGCCAAAGAAAAUGGUUGCCCAGAACCCUUUCCAGACAGAUAGCAAAGUCGCUCCCGGCCCUGAGAAGCUGAAGGCCAGUGAGAGCCAGGAAGUGAACAGGAACCAAGGUCACGGGAGACAGACUCAAGAGACACUCAUCAACCAAAUGAUCAAAGCCCUCAAAAAGUUCCCUAUAGAGCGGUCCCAGUUGGAGCACCAUUCUAUCCAUAAGAUGCUGAAGGUGUUCCCGUGUCUGACAGCCCACCUCUCCAGACAUGAGUUACAGCAGAUCAGCACCAUCGCCAUCAUAGAGACCUGGGAUAGGGCACAGAUCAUAUUUGGACACAAUGGAUUCUACCUCAUCCUGAAAGGUUCAGUAGCUCCGUACACUCAAGAAAGAUCCAAGGAGGCUGUUGAUCCAAAGGGCUCAGUGAUAGGUGUGGGUGGCAGCUUUGGAUCGUUUGAACCUCCUGCAGGUACUGAGGCAGGCAUCACCAUCCAGUGUACAUUAACACAGGAAACCUGCGAGAUCCUGAAAAUCUCCCACUCAGGCUACGCCAAGCUGAAGAAGGAGAUCUUGGCCCAGAACUAUGCUCUGAAGGAAUCUCUGAUCCAGGGUUGUCACUUCUACCUGCAGUGGCCCAAGCUCUCCAUCGAUAGGCUUGCCAACAUCAUCCAGAUGAAGAACUUACCAGCCAAACACGUACUGGCGAAGGAAGGUAAGGUGUGUCCCUUUGUGGCCUACAUCCGAGAGGGGGAGUGUAACAUCCUCCAGGACAUUAACUCGCUGAUGAGGACCCCACAGGAGAAGGGCAGCAGGAUAAAGUUUGUUGUCGUGGGGAAGCUCGGACCAAUGGAAUCGUUCGGUGAGGUGAGCAUCCUGCUUGAUCAGCCCUCCCCCUGCAGCAUCGUCACGGCGACAGAGGUGCAAGUAGGGAUCAUCCAACCAGAUGCUCUGAAAGGACUUGAUUCAGUGACAUCAGCACUGAUGUUACAAACAGCACAGCCGACUUACGGGAAGUUGAGUCGGGAAGAGAUUAACAAGGAAUACAUCAGACAAGAGCGGCACAAGGAGUGGGACCACAUAAAGAAGAGAGUGUUGUCUGAUGCCCUGCUCUACAACGGGAUCCAGCAGGGGAACGGGAAGUGGACCUUCACUAGGGGAGGUGGAAGAAGAUCUGUGGACAAGAGCAACCCCCAUCCAAUAAACACAGCACACACACAAACACCCCAGCGUAUACUGCCUGCUUUGACUCCAGAUGUUACAACAACAACGCAAGAAAACACAGGAACUGACAUUGCCAAACCCUAAUUUGCUGUUUAAAAGUAUAACUCCAGUCCCAUGCUCCAAUCCAACUUCUGACACCACACCCUCCAAUAUCCCGCCACAUACACUUUCAUUCUCUGCCUGUAUCUUUGGACUCAACGUACAGUGACCACUCCAGAUGUACACUAAUAUAGUGUCAAAGAAAAUAAACUGUUAUUCUCCCCAGCUUUCACUCUCACUCAAAGCCUUUGAAAUAAGAGGCAGUUAUUGUCAAUCAGCUAGCAGCUUUCACUGCAGUGCUUCCUAUAUCCCUGCCAGGGCCAGAGGAACUCUUGAGGACAGUGACACAUCAUGUUGUCUUUCACCCACUUAGUAUAACGUAACCAGACAUGUCCUACGUGUGCAAAUACAGAGCCUGACCCAGCCCAAAACAACCCACCAUAAGCAUACACCCCCAACACAGGCCAAAACAACACAGCCGUAUUGGAUCUUAUACUUGUGUGAAACAGUGUUGGGCAAGACAGGCAACAAGUCCGCAAUGACAUAUAGAGCCCAACACAACAUCUUGUUGCGCAGACACUGUGAAUACUGUAGAGAACGGAAAACAAUUCUUUAUGAAAGAGACAAUGCUGAACCGUAUCAUAGAGAAACUGAAAUGACACUUGACCGUAUAAUUAGUUUUAUGUCUAAAUAUUUGGGUCGAGACAUAGACUUUUUAGAUUGCUGGGAUCUGUAUGGAAACAGAAACACAGACCUUAAAAUACAUGGUGUUUGUUUAGAUUUGACUGACCUUGACCGAGACUGUUUGUUCCACAUUCCCUAAGGAAAAUACCUCUUUAUUGCUUCUUUGUAUAUAUAUUUGUUUUCUCCUCAGAUGACAGUUCUGUACUGAAAUGACCUACUGAAAUUGUCCCUCAGUCUGGAGAAUGAUUUGAGAUGAGAAUGGGCUUGAAACGAGCUGUGGUAAAUGGUAUGGUUUUAUUGUAGCAAAUAUUGUAGCAUCUCCUCGUCUGCAUAAGCCUAAUUUUAUUAAAUGUUUUUGUGCGUGUGUUAUGGAAAUUUUACCUGCAUAGAGAUACAUUUAGCAAUUUGUGCUCUAUUCAUUGGUUAAUCUUCACCUUUUAUCCCCGCCAAAAGUGUUCCUUCAUGUUAGCAGAGAUUUCAGAAACUCAAACAAAUAGCUAAUUCCCAAGAUGAGUGAGGCUCUUAACCCUUAACAUUGACACAAGUAAGAUUAAUUAUGCUUUCACGUGGUUUUGUCAACACACGCACGGUCAUUUCACACAGUCCAAGAGCUGCUUUCAAUACAAUGUUUGGCAGGUUAGCUUGGUGAGAUGAGAUGUUUUCCCUCAAGGUGCAGGGGGAAAUGACAAAGCUGUUUCCUUUGUUUGGACAAGGCCCCGUGAGAACGUAGUCCAAGGCUAGAGGAGAGGUGUUGCAUGUGUCUCCAAGGCGAGAGGAGAGGUGUCACCUAGGUGUGGUGUGACACAGUCACGGUAGGGGGUGUUACUAGGAAACGAGGUGAUGAAGCCUGAAACAUCCCAUUCACUUCCCAUGACCUCACAACAGGACAUGCUAUCCCACAUAACACUUUACUGGACUCCAGGGCAUUUCACCACAUGUGUAUAUAAAAAAUUGUAAUAGCCACGCAUUGUGGAGUUUUCAUUAAGCCUCUUAUCUGUAAAAUAACAGAAUACUGGUCAGAUAAUUGAUUGCUCAGAUCAGAUGAUUAUUCCAAAAAUGACUGGUGCAUAUCUUGUUCAAUUACACUCUGCAAUUAUUUACCUGUCUUUGGGAAUUUAAUUCUCCUGGCAUGUAUUUCCCCUGGGAUUUCAUACAACAUGUUAUAAUAAACACAGUGCAGGCUAUAUGGAACAUGGGAUAGACCUAAAUGGCACCCUAUUCCUUAUAUAGUGCACUACUUUUAAAUAGAACCCUUAUGGCCCUGUUCAAACGUAUUGUACUAGGGAAUAGGGUGCCAUUUGGGAGACACCCAAUGUCUUGGGCCUGUCAAGGUAAUCCAUCAUAGCUGCUGCUGACCUGUUAAUUUCUUGUUUAUUAAGCAGUAGAGAGGCUGGAGCUCUUCCCAAGGAUAUACACAUCACACAUAUUGUAUGGGAGUUGUCUGCCUGGCGGUGUCAGUGGAUCUGCACCUAUUGACAUCAACCAUUGUUUCUCUACUCUGAGAAAGGAAACCGUAAUAGAUAAACACAGCCAAUUAUCUUGGCACAGAGUUUUGUCUUCUUCAUAAUGAACUCUAACCCCUGAAGUUGGGGGCAUAAUCUAUCAUGGCUCUCUCUGCUGUGUGUCCCCAAGUAGGAAAAAGCACUCAAGUUGUUCUAUAGCAAAACGAAACAAAUAGCAACUGAUUUGUCCCCCCCCCCCCCCCCAUAAAAUGCAGGGGGCUUAUUUGUGUUGUUUGGCUGGGAAUUCGAAAUCCAUGUUUCCUGGUUGUUAGAUGGCAAGUUGUUUGUCUAGCUAUCGGAUCUUCAGGUAUUUUGAUAAUUUUCCAUUCCUGUUUUAUAUGAAGUAGUGUCAAGACUUGUCAUGGUUCCAGAUAUACCCUAAGUGCAUGGGAGAAUGUCAGAUAUUGUUUAGUUGAAGGCAAAUCUUCCGUACUGUAUGUGGACAUCAAUUCUCUUCCACCCCCACACACACACUUUCAUAACACAAGGUUACACUAAGCGAACUGGGUCAUGACUCAUGUUCAGGCCUGAUGUCUGCUAUGUAGUGUUGUGUUGUCUGUGUCUCUGUAACCUACAUCUCACAUCUCAAUGAGAUCUCUCUUCCAUAUCUCGUGGUUUCCAUUUAGCUCUACUAUGUCUCUGUCUGUUGUCAAUGCAGUGUCACAGAGGACCAACCCCAGGGGAAAUAAGGAUGCCCUUCUCAUUGUUUCCUACAUCGGCAGACAGUGUCUGCGUCCCAAGUUGCACCCUAUUUCCUAUAUGGUGCACUACUUUUGACCAGGGCCCAUAGGGUAGUGCAUAGGGAAUAUGUUGCCAUUUGGGACACAGGAUGAGAGGUAGCUAGUUAAACCAUAUGGGACAUGCUCCACAUCCCCUCAGAAGCAGGCACCUCAAAUUCAUUUCCUAUCAUGGAUUAGAUUGGUAUCUGUGAUGUUAUUGUCUUCUGACAGGUGGCGUCACUCCAACACGACGCAAAGUCAAUGCGCUAUCUGGUGUAAGACAAUGUUGUGAUGUUGGUUAAUGCAUGUCUUGAACAGUCUUUUUGAUGUGAUGCAUCUAUUUUGUGUAGCUCAACGCUGUGGCAUUAAAGGCAAAGGCAGGUUUGAGUCAGGUUGAUGUAAAAAAUUGUAAAUUUCGUCAGAACAAACUUGAUUCAGUUUGAGUUUUUCAGAAUAACUAUAUUCUUUUGUUAAAAGGGCAGUGCAGUCAAAAACAUGAUUUCCCUAUGUUUUAUAUACACUGAGUAUAUCAAACAUCAGGAACACCUUCCUAAUAUUGAGUUGCACCACCAGUCCCCCCUUUUGCCCUCAGAACAGCCAGGCAGUAUAAGUUAAUACACAAAUAACAGAGGUUUCCCUCCUCUCUGCCAACAACAGCUAAUUUUCAGGUUACACAUCCCUCCCAUUAGGCUCCUCCAAUUAGACCCUUCUUUCAGACCACUCCCAGACAGUCCUAGCAAAAAUCUUGCUUGAGAAAUGGCAUUUAGCUAACAACUUGUUUUUGUUUCUUUUUGACCAUUUUAAUUGAAAACAAUCAAAGUAAGAUACAUAAUUAUUGUUACCCAUAAAUGAUUUGAUAUUGACAUUAAAACACCUGCAUUAGAGCUUUAAUUUGUGAACAGAGAUACUCCUGCACAUUACACCUAUUGUAUGAAAGAAGUGUAGACAUACAAACAAUGGCGGUUAGAACACACACUUAACUGUUGCCUGUACCAGAUGGGGGAGGUCAAGUGAGUCUGGGGUGGCAUCCUAAAUGGCCCCCUAUUCCCUAUAGCCCAUAGGGAUCUGGGCUAAAAGUAGUGCACUAUGUAGGGAAUAUGGUGCCAGUUGAGACUCACACUGGGUUCUAUUAAAUCUGUUUCUAAAUCGAGAAUGUACGGUUGAGAAAGGAAGAAAGUCCAAAACAAAAAAAGUGGGUAGCCUUUAGGGCAUUGGCUCUGUUGGAAAGUGGAACCAUAUGGUAGGAAGCAGCGUCGCCUGUUCAGUCGUCCAAACCAACAAAUACAGCCGUUUGGUGUGGUGACUCCUUCCAGACGGGAGUCAAAUGCUUUAGUGUAUUUCUGGUUUAGAGCACUUUCAAGGAAAGAGAUGGAUAUAAUUUUUGGCUGUGCUUAAUGUGUUUUAUUUACAUUUCAAUUUGGUUCUGAUGAUGUAAAAGAUGAAUGAUUGCAUACAAAUUCAUAGUCUAGGCAGAAAUUAUUCAAAGGAGCCACUAUUGUCUGUUGUCCGUGUAAUGCAUUAUGGAUCACUCUUAACAUUGAAUGGAAUACUAUUAAAACAUUUUCCUCACAA